ACCUACGAGUUUGAGGAUCGCAAAUUUGAGGUCACUUUCAAUGGCCUCACUGUCUACGGGGAUGUUACAAUCAUCGUUUAUCAUGCUCGUUCCUUUUUCGCUGGAAAAGGGAAGGACAUCUCUUUCGAUCCUAUUGAUGGUUUAUAACUGA